UUUUCGUAUAUAAAGAAUUAAAACGCGGUCAGGAUCACCACAACAUCAGUUUGUCUUCUACAGUGUUAUCAUAAGACUCAGCAUUAAAACAGACAUGGCUUUUAAAUUUAUCGUUUUUGUGGCUGUUUGCUCGUACGCCAAUGCCGGAUUCGUUCCCGGGCCCGCUCCAGUAGCGUACGCUGCCGGCCCAGCUCCCUUAGCUUAUGCCGCCCCUGUAGCUAAAGCAGUGGUAGCCGCUCCAGGUGAGGACUACGACCCCAAUCCCCAAUACAGUUACGGAUACGACGUCCAGGAUGGGCUCACCGGAGACAGCAAAACUCAGAGCGAAACUAGAAACGGAGAUGUUGUGCAAGGAAGCUAUUCAGUAGUCGAUCCCGAUGGCACCAAAAGGACCGUGGAAUACACUGCCGAUCCAGUAAAUGGUUUCAACGCUGUCGUACACAAAGAACCGCUUGCCGUAAAAGCUAUCGCUGCUCCAGCUGUGGCCAAAGUAGCUGCUCCGGUAGCUUACGCUGCACCGGCUGCUUAUGCCCACCCAGCCGCUUAUGCCCAGCCGGCAGCUUAUGCCCACCCGGCCGCUUAUGCCCACCCGGCCGCUUAUGCCCACCCGGCCGCUUAUGCCCACCCGGCCGCUUAUGCCCAACCAGCUGCUUAUGCUGCGGCUCCCGCAAUUACUAAAGUAUCUUACGCCGCACCAGCUAUCGCUUACCACCACUGAAGAGAGUUUUAACUGACUGUUAUUGUGAUUCUGUAAAUUAUUAUUAAAUAGUUGUUAUUUAUUUUUUAUAUGACUGAAUAAAAGUCGAUGA